GCAGCCCGUCAUGCAGUCUGUCCUACCUCUCGCCGUUGCGACCACGAUGCUGAUGGUGUUGCUGAGCAUGUCUCAGGCCGCACCCAGUGUGGGGGAGAGUGCCCCUGCAGCUAGUGCCCAGGGCAGUGGGGCAGCCAGCGAUGUGGACAACGACUCGGAGCUGGAGAAGCGUCUGAGCAGCUUUGUGAGGAUAGGGCGCCCCAGCUCCUUCGUCAGGAUCGGCAGGCCCAGGAGCUUUGUUCGGAUAGGUCGCCCAGGCAACUUCGUGCGGAUCGGUCGUGGAGACGAGGAUGUCGAUGAGGUCGUCCCCGAGCUGGUAGAGGAAGACAGCGCGGACGUCGACAAACGGACCUCGCCGUUCGUUCGCAUCGGCAAGGCAUCGAGAUUCGUCCGCAUCGGCAAGUCCCAGUACCUGAAUCCCGAAGAUAAGCGCAUGUCCUCUUUCGUUCGCAUCGGCAAGUCAUCGGACGACGAGGACGAGGGUGUGGAGGACCAGGACUUCAGCAAACGUGCCUCUUCCUUCGUGCGCAUCGGCAAGAUCCCUUCCUCCGCCUUCGUCCGCAUCGGCCGCGAGGACGGACUUCCGGCCAUGGACAGCGUGCUGGGACCCUUCAACAGGAUGGCACGCAUGGGCCAGUCCUCCUUCGUCCGCAUCGGCAAGCGCGACACGCGGCGACAAGAGGCGGCGAGCGGACACGACGCGGCUGCCGCCGACAGCGACCUGCAGCUGUAAGCCUCCAGCACCGUGACGCCUCCACACCUGGCGUCCUCGCCUGCCUCUCUACUCAGACAGAGUUCAGAACACACACGCAGCAUCACGAUCACGAAUGCCUGGUCCCCGGAUGUUUGACAUUUGUGGUCGUCCUUCACCGACAUCAAGAACACGGAGACCGCAACUCUACUUCUCUUCCACCGCCAUAAUGAAAGAACAUGUCACAAAAUGUUUAGGUUAUACAAACUUACCCCAUCACUUGUACUUGUUUACGACUCUGUGAUUGUACAGAAGGAAAGUAAACAUCAGCCAAGGACUAAAAGUCGCCGCCCAGCCCAGCAAUCAGCAUGAAAGAUGCGAAAGUGAAUCGAAAGUGUAAUAAAGAUGCAAACAGUU